UUGUCGCGCUUCUUUGGGAGUGGUAAUAUGUCGAACCAAUCUACUGCGUUCUUGUGAUCAUUGACAUCGGCCAUUGGUCUAUCCUUUGUCAACCAAUCAUUGAAAAACCAGUGAGGAAUAUCCAAUUGAAUCAUGGAGCACGCACAGAUCCAAACGACAGAUGGAUCCCAAGUGAUGACCAUCAAUGGACAACAGUUACAAGUUCUACAGAUGAAUAAUACUCCGCAUAUGAUACAGGGGCCUAAUGGACAACACAUUGUUAUCCACUCAAUACCAGCCUCUGCACCCACCAUACAGGUGGCUGCACCGAGCGGACAGCAAUUACAACAAUUACAAGUGUUACCUUUGUCAAAUCUUCAAGGUACAAAUAGCAACAUCCAACCGAUGCAACUCGUACAGACAGCAGAUGGACAGACAUACAUAUACCAACCAACACCUAGUACUUCACAGCCACAGAUCGAUCACCAGAUCAUACAUCAGCCAGGGACACUCGUCAAUUUGAAUGGAAAUCUUGUUCAAGUGGCUGGAGUUAGUAAUGCCGUCCAACCACAGCAGAUUGUCAAUCAACCUAACAUUAUUAUGAUGGUCAACGGCAACAAUGCAACAACCACAGCGGUAACUGAAGGGGCCACAUCAUCAACAGCAGGUUCUGAUGAGGAACCACUAUUAUACGUAAACGCUAGACAGUACAAACGUAUAUUGAGACGUAGAGCUGCUAGAGCAAAGCUGCAUGAACAGGGGAAGAUACCGAAAGAGAGACCUAGAUACCUUCAUGAGUCAAGACAUAGACAUGCAAUGAAUAGAAUUCGAGGUGAAGGUGGUAGAUUCAAUUCUGGCAGUAGAAAGAACAUGGAACAAGCUGAUCAAAGGUCCGAUUCACAUAAUUUAGAAGACAUCAAGCCAGAUACAGUUUCAAUCACAAUAAUUCAGGAUGAAGAGCUACAAGAGAAUCAAACAAGUACAUGGCGGCGACUCGCACCUCAGCCCUUAACGUCAACAUAGCAAUUACAAGCUAAUUACGAAUAACCAAAGUUAAAAGGGCUAUAAUAGCACCAAUGUUGCCUAUCGGUGGCAGAUCGACAGUAAAACGGUGUGAAUUUAUGGACUUACAAAGAAAUCACAAUUGAUUAACUAGCGAACAGAAAUGGUUAACUGUAAUUAAAUGAAGUUUCUAUAGAAAAUAAAGACACUACUUUCGUGCUUUGUUCUUGUGGUGUGACUAUAGAUUUAUAUCAUGUUUAGGUCGAUUUUUUUUAUGCACAGAUGUAAAAAAUAUGAAAUAUCUAUAUAACAUCUGUAUGAAACAUUUAUUUCU